AUGGCUGAUUCAGGACAAUUUAAAAAGUAUAUAGCAGAACAAAAACUUAAAGCAUUUUCUAUUGGGGCAAUGGGAAAAACCCAACCAUCUAAAAAAGAGUUAAGUGAACAAAAAAAAAAGGAAGAAGAACAUGCUGCAGCCCAAGCUUUUGAAGAGUUUGUAGCCACUUUUCAAAACGAAGGGAAAAAGUCCAGUAAAGUUUGGGUUAAAGCUGGUACUUAUGAUGCUGGAAAAAGACAGGAAGAUACUCGAGAAAAGGGUAAAUUAUAUAAACCUCAAGCCCGAGGAAAUGCAGACUCUUUUGAUAAAGGAGACGAUCUUUCUCGUUUUAUGGGUGAAAGAAAAACUGAACGAAUACUUACAAAGAAAAAAAAAGAAGGCGAAAAGAAAAAGAGUAACUUAGAAUUAUUCAAAGAAGAACUUAAAAUGAUCCAAGAAGAAAGAGAAGAAAGACAUAAGUUUAAAGGAGUUUUACAGAAAACUAUUGAAGAUCCUGAAAUUAAAAAUUUAAUUAUGGUCGAACCUGAUGAAAUCAAAGGCUCUUUUGAUUCAGGUGAUCCAAACACUACAAAUCUAUACUUAGGAAAUCUUAAUCCUAAAAUUACUGAAGCUCAGUUAAUGGAAGUUUUUGGAAAAUAUGGCCCAUUAGCCAGUAUUAAAAUUAUGUGGCCUAGAUCUGAUGAAGAAAAAGCAAGAGGGCGCAAUUGUGGAUUUGUAGCUUAUAUGAGUCGCAAAGAUGGCGAAAGAGCUCUUAAAAAUUUAAAUGGAAAAGAUGUUAUGUCAUAUGAAAUGAAAAUGGGUUGGGGAAAAAGUGUACCCAUUCCUCCUCAUCCAAUUUUUAUUCCACCUGCAUUAUUAGCUAUAACAUUACCUCCACCUCUUUCUGGAUUACCUUUUAAUGCUCAGCCUAUUUUGCCUCAAAAAGAUAAAAAGAAUCAUGGACGUAUAAGACAAGAUGGAGUUUAUAUUGAUAGAAAUCAACCUAUAGAAAAGAUAUUACCGCAGACUAUCAUUAAAGUGGUUAUACCCACAGAAAGGAAUUUAUUAAUGUUGAUCCAUCAUAUGAUAGAAUUUGUAAUUCGAGAAGGGCCAUUGUUUGAAGCUAUGAUAAUGAAUAAAGAACUGAAUAACCCUAUGUUUCAGUUUCUGUUUGACAAUUGUUCACCAACUCAUUUGUACUACAGAUGGAAGUUGUUUUCUAUGUUACAAGGUGAUUCUACCAAAGAAUGGCGUAUUGAUGAUUUUCGUAUGUUUAAAAAUGGAUCAAUAUGGAGACCUCCACCUAUGAAUCCAUAUACUGUUGGCAUGCCGGAUGAAUUAGUUCCCGAAGAAGAUUUAGUAACAAGAACUAAAGGAACAUUAAGUGUGUCACAAAGAGAGAGAUUUGAAGAACUUAUAAGAAAUAUGACUCCUGAUCGGUUGAAAGUAGCUGAAGUCAUGGUAUUUUGUGUUGAACAUAGUGAUGCUGUAGAAGAAAUAUGUGAUUGUAUUCAAGAGUCAUUGUCAAAUGCAACAACUGCAUUGCCCAAGAAAAUUGCUCGGCUUUAUUUAAUAUCAGAUGUUCUACACAAUUGUGGUCUAAAGGUUAUAAAUGCAACACAAUUUAGAAGAGGGUUUGAAACAAGAUUAAUCCCUAUAAUGAAAGAAGCUCUUAAGACUUACAAUAGUUUAGACUCUCAAAGUCAAGCUGAUGGCUUCAAGCAUCGUAUAAUGCAAAUUUUCAGAGCUUGGGAAGAAUGGGACAUUUAUCCAAAAGAAUUUUUGUUUAGAUGUCAAAAUACUUUCCUUGGACUUUCGAUAAAUGAGGUACCUCCAGAAUUAACCAGCACUCAUGAAGAUUUACAUUAUAGUACAAAUUCAAAAUCUGUUGAUGAUUCUGAAAAUAUAGAUGGUGCUCCUUUAUCAGAUACUGAUAAUCCAGAUAAUGAAGAUUUAGAUGGUAUACCUUUGGACGGUGCUGCAUUGUUAAAACAUGCUUAUGAUGAUACACCUCCUGGUAAUGCUGAUAUUGAUGGUAUACCAUUAAUAGAUGAGGAUAUUGGUGGCAUGCCAUUAACUGGCGAUUCAACAGGGAAGAAUAUCAAAGCUGCUGCAUUUGUUCCAUCUAGAUGGGAAACUGUAGAUCCACAUGAAGCCGAAGAACAGGCAAUGACUACUAGCAAGUGGGAGAUGUUAGAAAGAGAAAAUAAAAAUUAUAAUAGUGAGUCUAUAGAUCUAGACUCACAAGAUGAUGACUUGAAUGAAACAAGAGAAACUGCUGAUGACCGAAGAGCUAAAUUAAGAGAAGUUGAAGUAAAAGUUAUGCAAUAUCAAGAUGAGUUAGAAUCUGGCAAACGAGCAUUGAAAGGUGGAUGGAAUAUAUAUCAACAAGUUGAACAUUAUAGACGAAAACUUCUCAAAAAAGUACAGAAAUCUCCGGUAAAUUACCAUACAUAAAUAUUAUUAAGUAGUCUUUAAUUUAGAAUUUACAUGUAUAGGAAAAAAGAAUUAAAAUUGGAGAAAGAUAAAAAAGAUAAAGACAAAAUUAAUAAAAGAUUAAGUCCUGAUGAAGACUAUCGAGAUGUUAAAAAAAAGAAACGAUCUAAAAGUCCUUCAAAUAGUCCUGCGUAUAGUAAAUGGUCAUCACACAGUAUGAGAAGUGAUAGUUUAAGUCCUCCUUUGAGAAAAAGACCUAGCUCACCUCAACGUAAUAAUAAAAAAUCAAGAGUUUCACCAAUUGAUUCUCCUCGAUCGAUUUCUAGAAGAAGAGAACGUGAUCGUGAAGAAAGACAUAAUUAUCGACAUAAAAGAUCACAUUCACGUUCGCCUCACAGACAUCGUGUACGUACACCACCAACACCUGUAUCACAUGCAUCAAGAAAACACAAACAUAAAUAUUAA